AUGGAGCUCGCGGCCGGGAACCUCAGCGAGGGGAACGCAAGCGGGCCCGAGCCCCCCUCCCCGGAGCCCAGGCCGCUCUUCGGCGUCAGCGUGGAGAACUUCGUCACGCUGGUGCUGUUCGGCCUGAUCUUCGUGUUCGGCGUGCUGGGCAACAGCCUGGUGAUCACCGUGCUGGCGCGCAGCAAGCCGGGCAAGCCGCGCAGCACCACCAACCUGUUCAUCCUCAACCUGAGCAUCGCGGACCUGGCCUACCUGCUCUUCUGCAUCCCCUUCCAGGCCACGGUGUACGCGCUGCCCACCUGGGUGCUGGGCGCCUUCAUCUGCAGCUUCACCCACUACUUCUUCACCGUCUCCAUGCUGGUCAGCAUCUUCACCCUGGCCGCGAUGUCGGUGGACCGCUAUGUGGCCAUCGUGCUCUCUCGGCGCUCCUCCUCCCUGCGGGUGUCUCGCAACGCGCUGCUGGGCCUGGGCUUCAUCUGGGCGCUGUCCAUGGCGAUGGCCUUGCCCGUGGCCUACCACCGCCGCCUCUUCCACUGGGAAGUCAGCAACCAGACCUUCUGCUGGGAGCAGUGGCCCAACCAGACCCACAAGAAGGCCUACGUGGUGUGCACGUUUGUCUUUGGUUACCUGCUGCCGCUUCUGCUCAUUUGCUUCUGCUACGCUAAGGUCCUGAAUCACUUGCAUAAAAAGUUGAAGAACAUGUCAAAGAAGUCGGAAGCAUCAAAGAAAAAGACCGCGCAGACCAUUCUGGUGGUGGUCGUGGUUUUCGGGAUAUCCUGGCUGCCUCACCACGUCAUCAAUCUCUGGGCUGAGUUUGGGGUUUUCCCGCUGACCCCCGCCUCCUUCCUCUUCAGAAUCGCCGCCCACUGCCUGGCCUACAGCAACUCCUCGGUGAACCCCAUCAUAUACGCUUUUCUGUCUGAGAAUUUCAGGAAGGCCUACAAGCAGGUGUUCAAGUGCCACGUUUGCAGCACCUCGCCUCUUAAUGACGGUAAAGAGAACAGGAGUCGGGUAGACAACCCUCCGUCCACCAACUGCACUCAUGUGUGA